AUGGAAGUCAUACAGCAAAAUAAGCAGUUAUUUAACUUUUACACGGGCUUGGAUCUUGAUGUUUUCAACUCAUUAUUUACAUAUCUACAACCAAAAGCUUCAUCUAUGCAGUACUUCCAUGGUGAAAGAACAACAUUUGUCCAACCAUUUAAUCUGGAUGGCUACGGUGUGAAGAGAAAGCCUGGUGUCACUAGACAACUCAGUCUGCGAGAGGAAUUCUUCAGUGUAUUGUAUCGUUUACAAACAGGACACUUACUUGAAGAAUACAGUCUUCGUUUUGGUGUGAGCUCCAGUCAGUUCUCCAGAAAUUUCACAACCUGGAUCAACCUCUUAUCUGUGGAACUGGAACUUUUAUGUAAAAAUGCAGAGCCAGAAGAAGAUGUUGGACUUGCAAGUUGCUUCAAACCAUUUUCAAACUUGAGAGUAAUUUUGGACUGUACAGAACUGUUCAGUGAAACACCUUCCAGUGUGGAGUAUUAUAAACAGACUCACAGCAAUUAUAAACACCACUCCACAAUAAAAUUUCUAGUUGGAAUCCAUCCUUCAGGGGCUGUUACGUAUAUCUCAAAAGCUUACCCUGGGAAGUCAUCAGACAAACAGAUCACACAAGAAAGCCUGGACCUUCUGGACUCUCUUAUACCAGGACAAAAAGUCAUGGUGGACAGGGGCUUUACGAUCGAAGAGGAUCUACCUUGUGGUGUUAAAUUAGUAAUUCCUACUUUCAAGGGUGCAAGCAGACAACAAUUUACUGCAAAUGAACUAUCAAAGUCGAAGGUAAUCUCCAGAGCACGGGUUCAUGUAGAACGAUGUAUGCGUAGGAUAAAGUAUUUCAACAUCCUAAGACAAGAACUUAACCUAUCGCAAGUAGAUGUUUAUGAGCAAAUAUUCAAAACCUGUGCCUACCUUGUGAAUUUUCAGAAUCCCUAUUUGAAGUCAGAUGAAUAA